AUGUCCGAGCUGACGCCCGAGGCUUCUCGCCUCUACCGCGUGCGCAAGACGACCGUCAAGAUGCUGCAUAACCGCGGCUACAUCGUAAGCGAGAACGAGCUGGUCAUGACGCCCGAGGCGUUCCAAGUCCAGUUUGGCGACAACCCGACCCGUGAAAUGAUGACAAUUCUUGUCGAAAAGAUUGACGACCCGAGUGACAAUUUGUUUGUGUUUUUCCCGGAAGACACUAAAGUGGGGGUCAAGCCCAUUCGCAAUUACUGCAACCGCAUGAAGGACGAGAACGUGACCAAGGCCAUUCUCGUCGUCCAGGAAGGAAUCACGCCGUUUGCGCGGCAAGCGCUCAAUGAAAUGGCGCCACGGUACAAGAUCGAGCACUUUAAAGAGACGGAGCUGCUCGUGGACAUUACGGAACACACGCUCGUGCCCGUGCACCGCGUGCUCGGGCGUGACGAGAAGGCGGCGCUGCUCAAGCGCUACCGCAUUCGGGACUCGCAGCUGCCUCGGAUGCAGGUGACGGACCCAAUUGCUCGGUACUAUGGCAUGACCCGUGGCCAAGUGGUCAAGAUCAUUCGGCCGUCUGAAACGGCGGGGCGAUACGUGACGUACCGUGCUGUGAUUUAA